AGCGAGCGGGAAGUUGAACCAUUUGUAAAUUACUGGCAGAAAAGUAUUUUAUGGGAAAUCAUAACAAAUUACCAACAGAGCAAAGACGAACUUUUCUUGUGAUAUUUUUUGACAGUCAUACACUUGAAAACAAAGUACUUAGCCUGCUUACUACUUAUUACAGGCACCUGGCAAGCUAACAUAUGUACGUGAUAGUAUUCGUUUUUGGCGAGCUUUCUUGUAGAUACGGGCAGCCAGAGCCAUUUUAUUUAGAAUAAAUAAAUACGUUACCCUUCUAACGUCGUUAGCUAGAUAACGCCUCGCUAGUUUCGACUAAGGUAAGGAUGGGGGACAGGACCCUCCUGCGGGAACUAAAGCGGUGGGCGAUUGAAGAAUUUAAUCUACCACCCCAAAGUCUCCCAAACGACAACUACGUUAAAACGUUAUGUGUUGGCCCAGGAGCCUCAAUAUGGAGAUAUGUCACACAACAUAUUUUCAAUCAGAGGAAUGUCAGGGUUAUGCGUGGAAAUCUUCAGUGGUACAAAGUUCUACAAGAUAAGGAGUUAAAAAAGGUAGCGGGGCAGAGUGAUGCUGCUAAGCGGCUUGAGCUUCAGGAGCAGAUAGAGGAGCUGAGAGCUGAACUCAACCACUUGGACUCUCAAAUCAAUGGGACUGAAGCACAGCUAGUUACUGAAGAAGAGUCCAUUAACUGGAGCUGGAGAAUGGUGGAGGAGAACCAACGCAGGGAGCUGCUUUUACAGGCCUUUAAGCAGCGCUGCAUGAAUGAGCGCCAGUUUCUCUCAGAGUAUACCCGCAAGAUCAGUGGACACUCCCAGGUUCUGGAGCAGCUGUCUAGGAAGGCAGAGCUGGAGGUGGUGUUUGGAAAUGAAGCCUCCAAUAGCAGUGGGGACUAUCUCAACCCAACAGGAGCAGAGCCUCAGGUUCUGCGUAAUGUGAGAGAGCUGUGUGAUGAAAGACUCCUCUUCUUCCAGUCUUUACAAGAGAGUGAGCUGAAAAUAGCAUCCUCCACUGCCACACACUUGACUCGUGAACAGAGAACUGCAGUAUUUCAGCAUUGGUUAAGUGCUGUGGAGGACUUGUUGCGAUGCUAUCCUCCAAACCAAGUGCUGUCAGCCUUGCAGUACCUGGCCUUGGGACAGGAAAUUACAUUGCAGGAGAAGCUUGCCUCAUUGGAUGUGGCUCAUGAUGUUGCCGCAUUACGGUUUCGCUACGAGAGUAAUCACCUGUUAGACAUCUCGAAAGAAGAGGAAGAGCUACCACCCGUUAAGAGUCUUUUACAGUCAGCCUGGGAGGAGGUGGAACAGAGUCUGAUGGAACUGGCUCAAACGCGUUCACAAAUUCAACAGCUGAAGACCCAGCUUCAUGCCCGAAAGAAUGAGGCAGAGUUGGAGCUGCUUGGCGGAGAAUCUCAAACCCAAGCGCUGGCGCAGUCAGUGUUUGAGCUGGAGAUGCAGUGUGUGAUGCAGGCAGCAGUGCGAGAUGGUGUGCGAAACCAGUGUGUUGAAAUGGAGCAACAUGCCAGGGACAGACAGGAGGCCCUUCGCAACCUGCGGAGACAAUGGCAGAGCAUCACGGACUUCAGACAGCUUGUGGACGUCAGGCAGGAACAGACAAGAGGUCUGAUCAAGGGGAAUUCAACAGCUAAGACUGAACUGACUCGCGUGCACAAGGAGAUUGGCCAGUUUGUCCAGGGAAAACUGACUCCCCAGUUUGAUGAGGUUCUUUCAGCAGCCAAUAGGCUUCGCAACUCUGUGUCCCAGGAGGCCAGACAGUUUGGAAACGUGUCACUAGUAACACUUGAUCGCAGGCUCAUUGAAGGCCCUCCUGCUACGUGUCCUGGAGGAAGACAAGGAGCUGCUUCAGUCUUUGUUACCCAGGGUUUGGGAGCUCACCCAGUGCUGCUCACAGGGCCUUUCUUACGGGAAUCAGGUCAAGACUGCCAUUUCCUAUUGGUGGGAUCAGCCUGCUCAGUUUGCUCUGCCUGACAUACGCAAGGGGGGACUGACUUUUAAGCAGUGGCUACAGAGGUGGAAAUUUGCAGCCAAGGCUUCUUAAUUAGUUCCAUGGAAAAUAGACAAGUGCAUAGAUGGACAACAAUACUUGUCUAAAACUACAAUUUUAUUCCCACUAAGGUUAAUUUAAUAUAUUGUUAGUUUUUCACAUCUCCCUUUUGCCAUUCAAUGUACACUACAUUGCCAAAAGUAUGUGGACACCCUUUCAAAUUAGUGGAUACGAUUAUUUCAGGCACACUCGUUGCUGACAGGUGUAUGAAAUCGAGCACAGAGCCAUGCAAUUGCUUUAGUCAAACAUUGGCAGUAGAAUGGCUCGUACUGAAGAGCCCUGUGACUUUCCAAAAAGUCAUUUUUUUCCUUCAUAUUUCUGCCCUGCUAUAGCUGCCCCUGUCACCACAGUGCUGUUAUUGUGAAGUGGAAAUGUCUAGGAGCAACAGCCCAACCGCAAAGUAGUAGGCAACACAGGCUCACAGAACAGGAUUGGCGAGUGCUGAAGUGAGUAGCGCGUAGAAAUUGUUUGCCCUAGGUUGCAACACUCACUACUGAGUUCCAAACUGCCUCUAGAAGCAAUGUCAGCACAUUACUGAUCACCGGGCGCUUCAUGAAAUGGGUUUCCAUGGCUGAGCAGCCACACACAAGCCUAAGAUCACCAAGUGCAUUGCCAAGCGUCGGCUGGAGUGGUGUAAAGCUCACCACCAUUGGACUCUGGAACAUUGGAAACACGUUCUCUGGAGUGAUGAGUCACACUUAACCAUCUGGCAGUCCGACGGAUGAAUGACAAUGCUACUUGCCUGAAAGAAUAGUGUCAAAUGUAAAGUUUGGUGGAGGAGGAAUAAUGGUCUGGGGCUGUUUUUCAUGGUUCGGACUAGGCCCCAUAGUUCCAGUGAAGGGAAAUUGUUACAGCAAACUAUUCUGUGCUUCCAACUUUAUGGCAACAGUUUGGGGAAGCACUUUCCUGUUUCAGCAUGACAAUGCCCCCGUGCACAAAGAGAGGUGCAUACAGAAGUGGUUGGUUGAGAUCAGUGUGGAAGAACUUGACUGGCCUGCACAGAGCCCUGACCUCAACUCCAUCAAACACCUUUGGGAUGGAUUUGACCGCUGCAAGCCAGGCCUAAUUGGCCAACAUCAGUGCCCAAACUAAUGCUCUUGUGGCUGAAUGGAAGUCCCCGCAGCAAUGUUCCAACAUCUACUGGAAAGCAUUCCCAGAAGAGAGGAGGCUGUUAGAAAAAAAGGGUGGGACUAACACUUAAUGCCCAUGAUUUUGGAAUGAGAUGUUCGACGAGCAGGUGUCCACAUACUUUUCGCUGUGCCGUGUAUAUCACAAGUAAAUUGCUGUUGUCUUUAUGCCAUUAAAUCAACUUUGCCUGCACUUUCUUUUUCUUAAAGAGUUUGAUGGUUAAACUCAAUCACAAAUGUAAUCCUAUUUGAACAAGACCGUUACAUUAGUAGUUAUCCAUAUCAUCAAUACAUACACAAAAGUAAAUAAAGGAGUAGAUUAUGGAAUAACAAGCUAAUUUAUUUCAACAAAUAGGACCACUUUGUCCAUGGUAUGGUUUUUCUCAGUCUGUAUGGUUGGAGUUGUAUGAAUACUUCUAAAUAAAAUUGUAUUCAUCAGGUACAACCAACAGGUAUAGUUUGUGUAGUGAAAUGCUUGUGCUACCUCCCUUAAAUUCAGUGCAAUAAAAAAAUAAGUAAUAAGAGUAUGCAUAGCUGAUAUGUACAGAAUGUAUAGAGUAUGAAUGUGCUAUGCCAAGUAUGACUGUAUUUACAAAUAAAGUAUCUAAUACAAAUAUCCUGUGUGUAUUGUAGUAGGCCACUAGCUAUAUUCAGGUCUUGGUCUUCUGUGUGAUGCGCAUUGUUGGCACGCCCAUUACUUUCCCUCCCGGUUGAUUCUGUGUUGGUGAGU